AUGAUUUCAAAUUCAUUUAAAUUAAUUAAUAAAGUUAAGAAUAUAUCAUCUUUAAUAAAUAAUAAUCAAAGAUAUUUUUUAUCAGGAAUACCGAAUUCUUCGAAAUCAACAACCACUACUCCCACCACACCAACCAAUAAUGUAAAUAAUAAUAACAAUAGUAAUAAUAAUAAUAAUAAUAAUAAUAAUAAUAAUAAUAAUAAUAAUAUAAAUAACCAUAUUAAGAACUUAUUAUCAACUAUACCAAAUAAAGUAGAAUAUAAAAUAAAAAGGGAAAAUAAUAAUCCUGAUUCAAGAAAUGUAAAUAAUAAUAUUGACCAAAAUCAAGAAGGUUCGAGAACCAGAUUUCAAUGGUUACAAAAACCAAAAACAGUUUUAAUUAUAAAAAAGCAUAAAGAUAAAAAAACAUCAGCUUGGUUAAAUAAAAUGGCUUCUUGGUUAAAAACAACACAUGGAAUGAGAGUAUUAGUUGAACCAAAUGUUACAAUACCUAGUGAAGCACAAUCAUAUUUAGAGACAUAUUCAGAAGAGGAGAGUCAUUUAUUAGGUAAAGUAGUUGAUUUCGUAGUUACAUUAGGUGGUGAUGGUACUUUACUUCAUGUUUCAUCAUUAUUUAAACAAGAUGUACCACCUAUAAUAGCAUUUCACUUGGGUACAUUAGGAUUUUUAAUGCCAUUUAGUAUUGAAAAUUAUCAAGAAUCAAUUACAAAUGUAAUCAAAGGUGAAUUCCUCUGUACAAAUAGAAUGAGAUUAAUUUGUGAUAUUUAUUCAAAACAUCCAAUUUUACCACCAAAUAUACCACAAUUAACACCAAUUGAUAUAUCAAAUAAUAAUAAUAAUAAUAAUUUAAAUAAUAAUAAUAAUAAUGAAGAAAUGAAAUUAAUUAAAAGUUUUCAAGUUUUAAAUGAAGUUACAUUACAUCGUGGUUCAAAUCCUCAUGUUACAACAAUAAAUUGUACAAUUAAUGGAGAUAAUUUAUCGGAUAUAGUUGGUGAUGGAUUAAUUGUAGCAACAGCGACAGGAUCAACAGCAUAUUCAAUGUCAUGUGGUGGACCAAUGGUUCAUCCAUGUAUUAAUUGUAUAUUGUUAACACCAAUUUGUCCAAGUUCAUUCUCAUCGAAACCAGCAUUAUUACCAGACGAUUCAAUAUUAAAAUUGAUGAUGAUCUCUCAAAAAGGUAGAUCAAUCUCUGCAACUUUUGAUGGUACUCGGUCAAUUAAAAUCGAACAAAGUGAUUACAUCAUAAUUAGAAAAUCAAAAUAUCCACUCUUAACAAUAAAUAAAACCAAUGAAACAACUGAUUGGGUACAUGGUAAUGGUAAAUUAAUUGAAACUAGUGAAAAAUCUUCAAUUUGGAAUCAAAAUGUUUAUACAACUUCUGCAAAUUAA